ACACACACACCACAGUGCACACUUCAUGUCUCUUGUCCCUCUGUCACCUUGUCUUUCAAUCCCUCCCUCCCAGACAGAGGAGGGGAGGUGGAGUGCAGAGACACAAAAGAAGAAGUAGUGAGUAGCUACUGCAUGCCUUCAAGGUGAAGGAGAGACAGUCAAUGAGUGAACGUGAUAUAAACUGAGAGGCUGUGAACUGAUUCAAGUACGACCCAGGAGGAGUUGAAAAGAAGAAGAAAAAAAGAGAUUUUGAAUGCUGUUUCCUAUUUGGAUUUGUGGCAUCAAGGGGCGAUGAUAUUUGUGAGAGGCACAGUGAGUAACUGUAAGGAUUAUCCGAUUUAACGGCAGGCAAGAUGGGCUCAUAUUAUAAACGGGAGGUUUGUUAUUCUUACUGAGUGGAAACAUACUGUCUAAUUCAUAGGGCAGAGUCAUCAAAUCAUGCAGUAUGCAAGAUUGACCUAAAUGCCAGAACUUUCCUAAACAUUCUCAUGUGUGUUUAGUGCUUUCUUCAUGUUUGGUAGCCUAUGUGCAUUUGAAAAGCCCUUUACAAGUAUCUGUUUUUUAUUUAAUUCCUACAUACUAUGUUUUGCGUAACUGAUGAUUUCCCUGUUAAACAAAUAUAUAACAUGAGUAUAUAAAUAGUUUUCACAUCACUCGCUGUACCUCCCCAAGCCCCAGUCCUCCUUUGUGUGACACUUCAUCAUGGUGGACCUGUUUGUUGACCGGGUGCUGGUGAAGAACAACACGGACCACGAUGAGCUGGACACAGAACGGGAGAUCGUCACGCGCUUGCAGAACCGCAUCCUGAUGCUCUGCUUUGCGUCUGCUGCAUGUGAGAGCUGCCAGCAGUUUGCUCCGACGCUCACCGACUUCUUUGAACGGUUGACAGAUGAAUUUUAUGUUGACCGCGGUGCUCAGCUUGUUCUCCUGUACAUUAGUUUGGACCAGUCAGAGGAACAGCAAGAAAGCUUCCUCAAAGAGCUGCCCAAGAAGUGCCUGUUCCUGGCCUAUGAGGACCCCUACAGGAGAGAGCUAAAGGCCAUGUUUAAUGUGGAGGAGCUGCCCACAGUAGUGGUGCUGCGGCCCGACUGCUCCAUCCUCAUCCCUAACGCGGUGAAGGAGAUACUCUGCCAUGGUCCAGACUGCUACCGCAACUGGCAGGAAGCAGCAGAGCUCAUCGACAGGAACUUCAUGAUCAGCGAGGACUCUGAGGGAAAGUCCAUGCGCAGCUUGAGUGACCCUGUGAGAAGACUGAAGUACAAGGUCGAAGAUAAGAAGAAGAAAAAGAAGAAAAAGGCCGGAGGGUGGGGUGGAGGUGGAGAUGAAGAUGCAGAGGUGGACGGAGGAGCGGUUGGCAAGGAUGGAGGAGGGUCAUUAUGGUGAUGGGUACAAUACUGUGGGUUUCCCCAAAAGUUACCAUGACUGGUAAUAAAAUGCUUUGUCACGAGGUACAAUGUUGAUGCUGCCAAUGCAACACAGUUUUACCUAACAAAACCCUUUGUACAGCUCAAUGUCAGACAAUACUGGCAUUUCCAAUCUGGCAUUACUGUCGCUAGAUUUGCUUUUCUAUAGUGCCAAGCAACUGCUGUGGUCUUACCGCAAACAUAUCGCCUGCAUAAGUGGAUGUGGAUAUGGCAACAGUCAAUACAAAUUUAGUGUAAAAGACUGUCUAACACUGAAUACUGCUAACCAAUGCUGACCUCAUCUUACAAUUUUGCUUAAAUAAUUUUGCUUGAAUAAAUCUUUGAAAGCUGCCAAGCAUAUAGUCAAACCAAGGUUAGGUCUGAGCCAAGUUUUACAAUUAUGGCUUGUUUUAUUACACCCAGGAGAUUCUUCCACCCAUUUUCCCAUUUCAACAACACAGCUUUGUAACGCAAUGUACUUUUUUUUUUACAUGAUAAUUUUUGCCAUCCAAUCAAAACACACACAAUCUGAAAUCAAUGAAUUAUUCAGCGACAUUAAAAUAAUUUUGUUAGUGACUGUUGUGCUCUGAGUGUUUAUGAAGUCUGGCUCCACUUUACAGGCUCCACUUGAAGCAAUCAGAGCGAUUCAAAGGCAAUCAAGUGAAAUUAUGGAGAAACUGUUUUCUACGUAAUCAGUGAAUUUCCUUUGACAUGACUUAACGUCUUUCAUAAGGACUGGGUUUAGCCUUUGCAUACUUCCUCGCACAUGUAGACUGCAUAAAUUAUGCUUUUAUGAUCAGUCAGGAUCUAGAUAGACAAGAGGAAGAUGGGAGGUCAUCUUUUAUCUUCAUUAUAUGAGUAACCUAAUAACGAUAAUAAUAAUACAUUUUAUUUAUUGGCAUCUUUCAUAGUUCUCAAGGACACCUUACAAUUGAAACAAGCAAAAAUACAGUUAAAAAGGCAAAAAUAAUUAAAUUGAAACAAUAACAUUUAUAAGAUUGAAAUAGAAAAUUAAGAUGAAGCAAUCCAUCUAUGAUUUUGACGGAGAGUGGAGUCAUGUGGGGUAGGCCUUUUGAAUAGGUGGGUUUUGAGGGAGGUUUUAAAGGCGGUAGAGACUCUAUGGUACAGAUGGAUAGCGGGAAGGAGAGCCAAAGGUAAGACCUACACCUUUAAAUACUGCCAUUAUUCCUGAAAAGCAAAUAAAGAAAUCAAUGGAGUGUAUUUUUGCAUGGUAGGAGUAACGGCAGUAGUGGCAGAUUACAGUCACAUGCUUCUGCAGAGACAGGGGAUGAGAAUGACCAGAAUGCCGUCAGAUGUCAUCAAGGUAUGACAUGCUUUAUAAACGGUGAUGACAUGAUGAUUCAUUUUAAAGCCAAUUGACAACAUUUUCACAACAAAGAUCUUCCUUAAAAGGGAAAUAUUGCAAAUGCCCGUGAUUGAUUUAUUUGCUCAUCCUGCUACACAGCAAACACUACCUUUACAAUGCCCUUUCUGCGUGUUCUCCUCAUAGGAGAAAUGUGAAUGCUAAACCUAAAUCUGAGCUGGUCACACCUGUAAAAACACAGCGGUGUAAAUAAACAUGAACCAUGCACUGUUUAUUCUA